AUCACAUCCAGCAACAACAACCGUUUUCCCACCUUCCAACCCUCCCACGGUCUUUACUCACUCACCACACACUUUGCCUGCCGACGAGAAAUGAUCAGGCGGACAACGAACCACGCCCGUUUCCUCUAAACCAACAGACACUCCCACUCCACGCCGCAAACAUGACCGUCAACGAGGCCUUUGCGCCGGUGCUGUCCGCUCUGGCCAUCAUGUCCAGCAGCGCCGACAAGAGCCAAAAGACACAAGCGCACGCCUUUCUGGAGCAAUUUCAGAAAUCACAAGACGCCUGGACUCACACAUUUUCCAUUUUGCAAUCGGCACAGUCAACAGACGAGGCGAAAUUGUUCGCGGCGACGACGUUGAAGGGAAAGAUAAUCUUCGACUUUCACCAGAUUCCUCGCGAAUCAUGGCCACAAUUACGAGAUACCCUGCUUGCGACUGUCGCGCAGUACGCAAAGGGCCCGAAACCGAUCCGGACACAAUUAUGUGUAUGUUUGGCAAACCUCGCCAUUCUCAUGCUCGACUGGAAGAAUGUGUUGCAGACGGUCGUGAGCACGCUGGGCAGUGACCAAGCGGGCAUCUCCUGCGUGCUGGAAUUUUUGCAUGUGCUGCCAGAGGAGGUGACAGAGGGGCGCAAGAUUGCAUUAGCAGAAGAUGAGUUGCGAGACAGACAGGUGGAGCUGUUGGAGCAGAAUGGCCAGCACGUGCUGCAACUGCUCAUCCAGUAUGCGCAAUCAUCGCCUGAGGCAGUCAACAAUCCACAACUCAUGGAGUGCAUCAUAUCAUGGAUCAGAGAAGUGCCGCUGCACGAUAUUGUCAGCUCGCCACUGAUGGAGGUUGUCAUGACAGCGGUGCAAGGGGAUUCUUCGUUCGAUGCAGCGGUGGAGACGCUGUGUGGCAUCUUUAAAGAGACGAGAGAGGUGGACGAGAACAUGGACACGAUCAAAGCAUUGUACCCCCGACUGGCAACUUUGGCACCUCGAAUAGCCACCGCAUCCGACGAGGAGGAUUGGGAGACGUUCAAGGGUGUGACAAGAGUGUUCGCAGAAGCAGGAGAGGCCUGGGUCAUACUCGUGGCUAGGGAACCACAGCAGUUCAAGACUUUGGUGGAGGCCGUGCUGGAGUGCUGUCGCCGGGACAAAGAGCGAGAGGCUCUGAGCCAGACGUUCAACUUCUGGUACGAGCUGAAGCAGUACAUCACUUUGGAUCGAUACAUGGAGGCGCGAGUCCAGAUGGUCGAUAUCUACUCAGCACUGGUGGACAUCAUGAUCACGCAUCUGCAGUAUCCGUACGCGGAGAACGGCAACGACACAGAUCUAUUCGACGGCGACCGAGAAGCUGAGGAUCGUUUCCGCGAGUUCAGACAUCAGCUUGGAGAUGUGCUGAAGGAUUGCUGCGAGGUGAUUGGCGUUACCGAUUGCCUGCAAAAGAGCUACGUGUUGAUCGAGAAAUGGGUCAGCGAGUUCGGCUCACAAGCACAGAACGGGCUGGUCCCACACUGGCAGAGACUUGAGGCUCCGCUGUUUAGUAUGCGGGCAAUGGGCCGUCAAGUGCCGUCUGAUGAGAAUAUCAUGCUGCCACGACUGAUACCACUCAUUGUACAGAUUCCGGACCAGGAGAAGGUGCGCUUCCAAGCCGUCAUGGCGUUGGGACGCUACACCGAAUGGACAGCACAACAUCCGGACACAUUGCAAGAUCAACUCAACUUCAUUAUGGCUGCCUUUUCGCAUUCGUCGAAAGAAGUCGUUCGGGCGGCUGCGCUCAGCUUCAAAUUCUUCUGCAACGACUGCGCGGAGCUGCUCAAGGGUUACAUGCCUCAGAUUCAGCAAUUCUAUGAGACGAAUCUUGACGCAUUGCCGCCGACCAGCCAGGAGGAGACAACAGAAGGUGUUGCUUCUGUCCUCGCAAAACAACCAAUCGACGCACUGUAUCAGAACGUGAAGCUCUGCUGCGACCCGAUCGUGCGCCGACUCAUGGCCAUGGCGCAGAACGCUACCGAGAAAGAGCAGAAGUUGGCGAUUGCAGAUCAUCUGAACCUGCUGACCAUCUUCAUCCAGUGGGUGACCCCGUACAUCGGGCCUUCAGAACCCCAUCCAGUGGUGCAGUACUGCCAGGAAAUCUUUCCUGUACUGGCCACGAUUUGCGAAAGCUUCAUCCAAUUCAUACCGAUUGUGGAGCGCGUCUGCCGAUGCUGGAGAUACAUGGUUCUCUCAUAUCGCGUUCACGCUGCUCCUCUGUUACCAAGCCUGGCUGACAAGCUCUCCACUGGAUUCGCAACCAGCAGACAAGGAUGUUUCCUCUGGGCGACAGAUAGCAUUAUUCGCGAGUUCUCCGACGAGAGCGAAUAUAUCUCCCGACAGACGACCGAUCAGAUUUACGCCUUCUACGAACAACAAGCAACUGCCUUCAUGCGCGCACUCAAUGAUCUUGCACCCGAGGAAGUGCCCGACGUCAUUGAAGACUUCUUCCGCCUAUCAACGGACGUGCUUCUCUACCAUCCGAACAAGAUUGUCGCUUCAGACUUGAUGGGUACCAUCCUUCGAGCCGCAACGACCUCACUGACAUUGCUGAAGGAGGAGCCGAUUAUCGCUACGCUGCACUUCCUUCGGGAUUUCCUGGCGUAUGGCGGAGAAGAUGCGCCAUCUCCGUCCUUUGACGCGAACGACGGCACUUACAGCAAUCGACCGAAUCCACCUCAGAUUCAGCAGACAGUGAAGGAACUCGUAAAGGCCACCGGCGAGGACUUGACGCAGCGCUGCAUGACCGGCAUGAUGUAUACCUUCCCUCCAGACUGCUUCCCUGAUGCCUCCGGCGUGCUCCUUGCUCUCUUCCAACUCUUGCCCAAGGACACCGCGAACUGGGUCGGAAAGACCGUCUCGAUGCUUCCACCCGGAUCGAUCGCCCCGCAAGAGCAAGAACGACUCCUACGCAAUAUCGGCCAACGCAUCGACAACGGAGAAGUGCGCAAGAUUAGAGGUCUGCUGCAGGACUUCACGAACUCUUAUCGCCGACGGAAUGUCGCUCCGCGCGAGGGCUUGGGUCGGUUGGAAGCUACGAAGUUUAAAUUUACUGGUUAGAAGUCAGAAGGUAAACGGCGUGCGAUAGGCAGCAGACGGGAUUCUGGUUCCUCUCGUGCUGAUGUGGCGCGUGCCUGGUGGGUUUCGAUGCGUGGUUAUUCAGCGGAGGCGGCAGCAGAGAGCAGGCGCAAUGGAUCGAGGAUUUAGUUGGAAGUGUUACGAGAAUUGCUGGAAGCAGAAAAGCAACCGUGGCGCAGUGACAAGGUAAUUAUCGAGUGGCCUGAAGCUGCAGGAAGUCCUCGCAGGGAAGAUGAAGCAAGACAUCCGUGAGGAUCUUGUCAGAAGGAUCCGCACGCAUUUCUUGGGACGGGUGGAAGAAAGUUCUGGGUGAAUGUUUUAGAUUUAACGUUCACAGCAUGCAUGCAUGGGCAUCAGGGCCCUGGUCGGAGGAUACCCCUAUAAAUACAAUGUUCUCUUCUUUACAUGCCUUUGGAAGUUUCUUCCGUGUUCGAGGACACUAUACAAAUACGCUUGACUUUCUCGGUCGACCCAUCAGUAGGAUUACUUGCGCUAUGUGAAGAUGCUU